UGACAAGAUUUCCGAGAUACUGCUCUUCUCAUUGAUGUGAGAACGGUGCUAUGCUCUCUACCAUUCAUCGACUGAAGGCGUGAGCUAAGAUGGGUCAAAUACGCGCUGCCUUCCUCGCGCUCUUCAUUUUCUCCGCCAUUGGCGCUAUAUUACUAGAAAGCGUCUCAGGCCAUAUGCAAACCCGACUUCAGCUUCUCAACGUUCAUGAUUAUGAGUUCCAGCACUCGGAUUUCGAGCCCAAUGUUGCCCGGCCGCAUCUGGACUAUGAGCGUUGUGCUCGAUUACACAACAAGAUCGUCGAAAUAGGAUGGCGAGGAUACAAUCCUGGCAAAGAUCCGUCUCUGCGCAGCUCUCAGACCUGGUGGGAACGCUACGGAGAAGAUGCCAAAAAGCUGCCAUUGCCGAUUUCCGUGAUCGAAUUCCUUAAGCUGGCUGAGCUUCCCGAAGAUGAUCUAUCGUUUACCUUCCAAUUGCGCGGCCUCUCUCAUCCCUCGGAACUCUGGAAUGGUCUCCAAGAGCUAGGCUAUGAGGCCACUGAGAUCGUGCUUUAUAGUAGUGCGAAUCGAGAGAGCCAAGGAAUGGGCCUAAUCUUCAAUCACGAAUUAAACCUAGCAGUAUAUUCGCCAACUAUCUUCGACCACGCAAGGAACGAGGCUUUAUUGUAUCCACUAGAGACAGCAUUGAUGAUGUACCUUAGUAUGACCAACGCUGGGAAAAUUGCUGCAGUACCAGAAGGAAAGCAAGAAGACAAGCCAUACUCCACACCGUGGGCAUGGCAGUAUUACGGUGAGAUGGACGUCAAAUUUGCCGUGGACGAGUUUACGAACCUUAUUCACGCUAUCAUCAAUCGAAUCUCACCGGAGGAGAGGUCGAAUUCUAUCAAGGAGUUCCUGGACCCCAACAAACGGUCUCCUCUUAUCGACACAGGCACCUUGCACGCACUCAAUAUGCCAACAAGCUUUCUCCGUCUUUUCCUCUCUCGUGCGCCGAAACCGCCGUUCUCCUUCGUAGCACCCGGCCUUACAAUACCAACACGCUCAGCUCUCUCACGUCUUUUCGCCUCCAUGCGAGUGUUCGACAUGUACUCCGACUCGACUUUCAAUAGUCUUCUACCCCCAACACUUCUUUUCCCCUCCAACCUCACACUCACGUCCCCUCCGAACGCUUCGUUAUCGGGAGCUUUCCUCUUUGGUGACCCUCAGACGACGCUAGACGGAGUCACUAGCGGCCUCUACAUCGUCUCUCAAUCCGAGCAUUACGAGCCUUUUACGAAUGGCGCUAAGCUCAUUCUUCCAUUCCCACUAGGCGCCAACGGCUUUGCGAAAAAGGCUAAUUGGCAACCUAUCGGAUCCCAAUUUGUCCUUUCGCAGAAUUACACGGAUCUUUAUCAGAUGGGGUCGAAUUCCUUCAUCGAGAAUCAUUCUAUCAUGCUACACCAGGUCUUUCAGAGCUGGCGACUGAUGGUGGAGCAGGGGGUCUGGGAUGUGGAUGACAAUGGAGUCCAGGGGGGUAUGGAGGGAUGGAGGCUGGCGGAUGAUGAGAAACAGUGGUGGAGAUUUAAGAUGGACGACGCGCUAUGGUAAAGCAAUGAACGCAAAUCACUUGUUUGAGAAGAGGAUAUGCUGAACUGCGCCAUGAAGUACGUGAAGCACUAUGAUAGAUAUCUGCAUCUUACUACAACAAUAAGGACGAUAACCCCCAGUAAGCGCCAUAAACACCCAACGCAAUCGCAGUCCAAACACCUAGUCCGUUCAUCACAAAACUUCUCAUGAGCCGAUUCGCCGCCUUACUAUCAUUAACAUGCGGGAAAUCUCCAGUAGGCCUCUCUUUUCCUAGAAAAUCGCACAAGG